GGGGGAAAGGGGAGGGUGAAAAAAAAAAAAGGAAAAGCCCCAUUUUUCAUUGUUGAGGACGCGGUGGAAUGUGAUGGUUUGAUGCCGAACCGACUCUGGAAGGGGAUAUCCGAGAGACAGAGACUGAUUUCGGGUGAAAAGGUGGAAACUCUCCCAGCUGCACGGCUUCCGAGAACGGGAUGAACUUGUCUUCACCUCCCGGGCAGCAGUGAGGACAACCGGCGGGCGUUCGCUACACUCAAGCUGGGGUACUCGUUUUGUGGAUUACCCUCUCCCCCUCUUCUUCGGACACAUUUUGAAGGAUGGAGACUUUGGGAAGAGGAGGUGAACAUGUCAGAAAUGAAGGAUGUGUCUGAAACAUGACAGAUUGGUCCACGAAAUGCCAAGCUGACAAAACUUGAAAGCACCUCUUGUAAAAAGCAGACAGAUAAGAGCCGCUCCUAUUACCUUUACCUUUCACUUCGGCCAUCACAUUGCAUUCAGCUUGACUUCUACACCACGACACAAAUGUGGACCUCUCCAAAAAGCCAAAUAGCCUGAAGAAAAGAACUUUAGUUAUAAAUAUUGCACACAAGACUUGGUAGCCAUGUCUGACAUGACACACCGCCACCUGCGCCACAAGCUACAAAGUGUCGUCAGACGGCUGGACGAACUGGAAGAAGCUACCAACAAGCUGCAGAAGUCUGAAGAUGAGUUACUUGACAUACAGGAUAAGAUCAUCCAGGCAGAAGGCAGCAACUCAUCCUUACUUGGUGACGUGGAGGCAUUAAGGAAACGCCUUCUGAAAAUCCAAGGCAAAGAUGAGGAGGUACGCAAAGCGGAGGAUCUCUGCCGUACAGUGAGAGAGAAACUGGAAGAGGAAGAAAAUUUAACGAAAGAGCUCAAAGCGGAGCUUGAACACCUACAGGGGAGGAUGGCAGAACUGGAGAUACUGGAAGAAGCAUUUGGGAAAAGCAAAUCGGACUGUACCCAGCUCUGUCUCAGCCUCAAUGAAGAGAAGAACUUGACCAAAAAGCUCUCAACUGAGCUGGAAGCCCUAAAAGCUCGUUUGAAGGAAAUGGAGGCGUCUGAGAUAAAGCUGGACAAAGCAGAGCAGGCUUUGACUGCGGAACUUGACAAACUUAAGGGAUUCUAUCAGACCAUCGAGAACGAGCAUGAGAGGAUACUAGAGAAGCAAAAACAAGAUGAGAAAGUCCCUCUUAAGCUCAUGGAAAAACUAGAGCAGCAAAAUAAUUGCUUUGGAAUGGCUGUAGAUCCUGGUUGUGCAGAUUUAAUGAGGUCUAGGAUUGAAGAUGGACUGUCCUCCACAAGUAUCUUCUCUGGACACAAGAAAAGUCUUGACUACAACAUGGGCCUGCUGAAUAAGUCUGAGAAUCAGAAGAACAGUGGCCUCGCGGGGUCACAAGAGGAAGACAACAAAGUAAAGGAGCUUACGCAGGAAGUAGAAAGGCUCAAGAAUCGCCUUAAGCAGCUAGAGAUUGUGGAGGAAGACCUGAAAAACUCAGAGUCUAAAAAUGGUGAGCUUCAGGAAAAGUUCCAAAUGGAACGCAAGCGGGCUCUUCAAUUGAGCAAGCAGGUUGAACAGCUCAGCACACGCCUGUGCAGUAAAGGUGGAAUCGGAGGCAAUGAGACUAGUAAUGUGGAUAAACAAGGCAACGGAAGUGCAAACAUCAGUCCUGGUAACCAUGCCAAGUACCUGGAGAAUGGCAAAGCUGGGAUUGAAGAGAUUGCGAUGGGUGGUUUCAAGCAAGAGAUACAAAAAUAUCACAGCGCCUCAACCGUCCCAGAACCCAGCUCGACUCCUGUCCAGGAAAGUACAAAAGCACCCAAAAUUCCAAAUACUCGGUUUUCAUCUGAUAAUGGAAUUAAAGAGUCAACCCGGGGAAAUGAGGAAAAAGUAUACAGAAGAAAUACACCUUGUAGUGAUAUUAAAAAAAUGUCUGUCCUUGAUCGAUACCCCCCAGCAGCUAAUGACAAGAAGCUCCUAAAGACAGCUCACAGGCAGAGUGAAGAGGAGAGCAAUACAUUUUCAAAACUGUAUGUAUGUAGUGAAAGUGAAUCAAAUAAUUCUGAUGUAGUAUCCGAGAGUUGUGCGUUAGAGAAGGACACCGAGCCUAUCCUAGACCAGGAAUUAACAGAAAAAGUUCAAGAUCCUGUGCCCGUCACCUCCAAGCUGUCCAAGGCCAACGAAACCUACAGAACUCACAGGUCCAACGUCCAUCAACUAUUUCCAAAUGACCAAGGCUCGGAAAGUCAUUCCUCUGCUUCAGAAACAGAAUCCACUGGAUCAAGACCCUCAGAACCAGAGACUGUAAAUGAAACGACUACUACAACCUCUAGCAGUAGGACUGCAACCUCACAAUACUCUAAAUAUCCACAUAUCAAGCACUCUCAUUCAGAGGGUUCCUCUUCACGGAGCUCAUUUGAUGAAGAGUUACACAUUAAAACAAAUGUAGCUGAGGGAGGCAUCAGCACUUCGCGCGGGAUCGAGAUCCAGCGAGUUUGCAGUCCACGUGAGGCGCUGAUAUCCAAAGGGGUUAUUAAAUCUGCCAUCGUUGAGAGUGACCGAAAAGAAGUGAUGACAUCGGAGCCUUUGGCGGCCAACGGGAAGCCCAAAAUAUCCACCAAACCCAUACUGACUACUAGUAUUAAAACGAUCUAUCCCAACGACCCUAACUGCUCUAGAACCAGCAGUCGCAGCAGUAGUGUAUGCAGUGAGCCAGUGUCUGCCAAGGAACGCCACACGUCCACAACUAACAUUGUCAUAGGCAGACCCAGCAGCAUUUCGAUCCCUUAUGAAUUCUCCAUCCCCAAGAGCGAGAUCACAAUGCAGCCAAACCAGGACCAGGUAUUUGGUGCAGAUAACCUCAAUGAUGCCUCCAAGUCCAAGUACCACAACACCUCUACGGUGGAGAUGACCACAAGCCAAUUAUACUGCAGCAACUCUCUCGUCAACGACACCAAAUCCAGCAACGAUACAUUUACCAGCUCGAAAAACCAAAGACAAAGAAAAAGGCAGCCCCAAGAAGAGUGUUCACAUGAAGAUAUGAAGAAUGUAACCGUGAGAAAGACCUGGAAUAACCAAGUCAAUCCAUAUGUGGAUGAGAAGGGUAGAGGAGGUCGACGGGUAACCAUGGAAGGAGGAGGUUCAGAGGAUGAGACAGAAACCACAACAUGGAAGGCUUAUCUGGCAACGACGGUCGAUUCUGAAGACACAGUGAGCCUUGGACCAAGAACUGGCAGGAAUAUUUCAGCAACAAAGGGAGUUAAGCAAUCACCUGCAGAGAUGUAUAAGCGCAAAAUCGACAAAGACGCAGAAGAACCUGUGCUCCAUCGUGGCGAAAGCACUAAGGAACACCUGGGAAGGAAAAUACCUCAUGCACCUGUCAUCUCGCAGUCCUGGAGUCGCUCCGUCUCACAACGAUCACCGGGUCCAAAUAGAGGCGAUCGCAGUCCAAACCCGGGCCUCAACCAGGUCUCGUGGAAACAGCACCCCUCCAGCCCCAACUUUCUCCCCAUGGGUAGCUCCUACGACCGGACAACCAAGACGCCGACAUCCAGCGGGGAGCAGUGGGCCACUCGGGGUCACGGCUCUACGGCUAAAACGGAGGGAAAGGCCGGACCGACGGGGAGUCGUCUGUGGAGCCAUCGCCAGGCCGAACACCAUUAGUGCCCCGUGGAGAUGGCUCAGCAGAUGGCAGCAGGUGUCCCUCCAGCCUCCCCAUCAUCUCCAGCAGCUUUCAGAACGAGCAACGACAAGAAAGAAAGAAAACAAACAAACAAAAAAAAGUGAGUGCACGUUGACAUCCCAGAACGAGUCUUCGCCAUCGCACGCGUCCUCUUCUGCUCGCCGGAUGUGUUUUAGUCACGUCGUAGUCGCACACCAAGACAAGGGAGAGGCUCAGAGGGAUGACUUCAUCUCACUAAAACUGCCGCGUCAUGGCGGCGCUUGAAAGGAAAAAAAAAAAAGAAUAAUUCUUUGGCGACGGUGUUGUUCUACGUGACCAAAAAGAGGAAGCGAAUGACUCCCAAAUUACGCCACCGUGUCGCUUUUUGGGACUUGAGACGCACUUCUCCGCCGGACAAGGAGUGAAGUGCGAUGACUCGGCAUGUUCACUCAAUAUCAAUACCCGGGACCCUUUUUUGUUUUGUCAUGAUUAUGCAAUAAUUAGCUUCCUGUUGUGGGCCAUUUUUACCUUCCUCUUUCUGCUGACACAUCUCAACUAAAGGCACAUUUAGGAAGAGUUGAUUUUUGUAAUGAUGGAUAUAUCACACCUGCUACCCUACAUUACCCAUGGUGCUCUUCUUUCUUCUGUAAACACACAAUACUACACUUUGCACAUGCCAGCCAAUCAUAGGAUGGCACAGCUGGAAGGGGGCGGGGUCACUGACACAGCCGGAAGGGGGCGGGGUCACUGAGACAGGUGGAAGGGGGGCGGGGUCACUGACACAGCUGGAAGGGGGCGGGGUCACUGACACAGGCGGAAGGGGGGCGGGGUCACUGACAGUGCGGGACAUCAGUGGAAAACUUCGGCAUUCAAGUCAUUUACGAUAAGGAAGUGGCAAAAGAUUGUAACGCGUUCAAAUAUGUUUAACUUGUUUCAAAUAUUUUGGCAAAGUUUCAUCAUUUUCAGACCGAGUGAGUCUUGUCCAAACUGAUUUCUGCUAUUUAGAUAGAUAGUACUUAAGUCAUUCCUUCAGGAGAGUUCCCUCAAGAAAAUGUAUUAAUUUCUUAAUAAAUUUUAAUAAUGAUAAUAGUAAUAGUAUAUAAUAGUAAUAAUAAAUAAUAAUAAAAUAAUAAUAAUAAUAAAUAGAAUGUAUUACUACAAAUCUAAUAGUUUUUAAAUGUAGCAGGAUUCCUCCAGAUAUAAAAAUGGAUUCUCAGUUAUAAAUUGUUUUCUUUUGUUUUUAACUGUAAAAAUUACAAAUAUUAAGUUUUUCUUCUUUUGGGGGGGGGCAAAACAUUUAUAAAAACAAACUAAAAAUUUGUCGAGGGUUUUUGAAUAAAGUUGGGCUUCAGUGAAGGUUGCAUUAGUGGUUAUUUAUUAUUUUUGGUUAUUUAUUAUUGUUAUUAUUAUUCAACCAAAUACAAGAGUGUGUUUUUUCUAGCAGGCAGCACCUUUCUUGUACGUGUAGAGGUGUGUGUGUGUGUGUGUGUGUGUGUGUGUGUGUGUGUGUGUGUGUGUGUGUGUGUGUGUGUGUGUGUGUGUGUGCGUGUGCGUGUGCGUCAGGAAGACAAGCUCUGAGCACCUGUUGGUUUGCACAUAUUAAAUCUCUCAACUCCAAAUAUAAAACAAAACAAUACUACGUGAUUUGAAAAAAUAUAUAUUUUGAUGCCUGUUGGUUUCUCUCCUCUGCUGCUUUGUCAGGAUUGUCCUUCAUUCUAUUCGCCGCUUUGGCAGUUAAUAUUCAGAAUUCUUUCAUUGUUAAAAACAGUUUUUAUAUAUAUUUUUUUUUGUCAAAGCCCAAUCAAGAAUUCCCAAGUCCUGGAAUUUCCUAAAGGAAAACUCGAGCCCCCAAAAUGUAGAAUCGUAUAGUCCCUGUUUCUUUCAGAGGUUUUCCAAUCCUCUGAGCGUCUUCCUUUCUAAAAGUGGGGACUCGUUCGGAGACCCCAAAACUUGCUAGUCCAGUUCGCUAAAAGGGUCAAAGGGCUGUUUUUGUCCCGACUGACUUGGGGUGUCUAAAUAUAGCCAUGAAACCUUAGAAAGGUGCCCGGUUCUGCCGGAGACUCCCUGCGGCUUGAAUGAAACCUCGAUAUGACAUCAUUGCAGUUUUUUUUUUUAAUAGUAUCACAUCUAUUUUACUCACGCCAACAAUCCACGUGAUAUUUUGGCUAGUAAAAAAACUCCUCCUGACUCCAUUUUUUUUUUGUGUGUGUUGUCGUUUUAUCCUGCAUUCUUUUCGGCGCUCAAGCCAUCCCACCGAGAGGUUAUUAGAUGACUUUCUAAGGUUUUCUUUUCAGCUUCCAAACAAGAGCUCGAUUUUCUUUUUAUGGACAGUUCCUCUAAAUAUAAGACAACACCUCUUUUUCAAGACCAGUAAAAGUAUUUUAAAACAAUAAAAUACUAAACAAAACAAAAACAUUUUUUUCAAUAUUAGUUUUACAAUAAAGUCUUUUCAGGUCACGUGUGUGUGUGUGUGUGUGUGUGUGAGUGUGUGUGUGUGUGUGUGUGUGUGUGUGUGCGUGUGCGUGUGUGCGUGCAGGGAGAAGUUUUUUGGUGCCACCUGCUCGUAGAAAUCUCUCAACCCCAAAUAUAAGACGUCACCUCAUUUGGAGUUAAAUGUUUUUUUGUUUGCUGCAAAAGACAAAAAAAUAUGUAAAAAAAAAAAAUACCCUAAUAAUUUGGCUUUUAUUUUGUAAUUUUUUUUACUAAGAUGUACAAAAGUAUAGUCUAAAUGUUGUUGAUAAAAUUACAUGAAUUUUUAAAUAAAUAAAAUAUUGACGUCUUACAUUCUUUUGCCAAAAAAAAAAAAAAAGCCAGCAAGUUUAAAAAAGACAAAAAAUUGUCUCUUUUCACCUGAAUAUAAUAAGAAGAUCCUGUUUAUAUUUGUCAAACAUUUGCAUGUACACACAAAAGAAUAUAAGACGACCUGUCUUUACUCUUUUCUAAUGGUAAAACAAACACUACACUACAACAUGCUGUUCAUUUCAAGUCUUGUGCUUGUGAAUAAAACAUUUCUGGCAUCCUAUAUUGUGGCGAAUAUAAUCUGCACUUAACCAGCACUUAACUUGAAGACCUUUUAAUGGAUUAACACUCUCUUUUUAUUGUGGAAAAACCUGCUUCAGUGUCCUUUUUUUAUUUACUGCAAAAUUCAUCAAAUCUAUCCGAAAAUCAUUCCACCAUAUUUGUAGUUCCUUCACCAACUGAAUCUCCUUUUUUUUUAUUUCUUUUGUCAGAACAACAGCAUAAAAAGAUGUCUCAUUUUGAAUGCUGAUAGACUUUAUUUAAGGAGAAAAAUUUAAUUUUGUAAAGUGGGCCUUAUUAUUAAUGGAAUAUAUUUGUGGUUUUAAGAACAAUAUAUAUAUAUAUUUGUGUUAUAUUACACUCCUGGAGAGUAUGUCAUCCUGUAUUAUUUUGUGUUUUUCUUGUUUUAGUACAUUUCUCAAUUUGUGGAGGAGAAAAAAGGGGCGGGGCUACAUGGCUCAUUAGGCCUUCAGUUCAGGGCCUCAUGUGCUCUUUGUUCUGCCAAAGAAAGAAAAGAAAUAGGAAUUUUAGGAGCGUACAUCAUUAAUCAAUAAGAAGCAGAUCAAUAUGGCAAUAAAAGUUUUUUAUUAAGUGGACUCUGUGAGGGGAAAAUUGUGUAUUUGUGCUCAUGUGGACUUUUACAGGUAAAUGUGCAUGUUUUAACUUUACUGGCGCAUGUAAGCUCUCUUGCCAACUGUACAGCAGACCGUAUGUAUUCUAAUAAAAAUAAAAAGCAACCUAUUUGUAAACACGCUGA